UGACGCCGUAAACACAGCUUACCGCCCUACGGUGCGACAAGUCUCCCUCUAACAUACACCUCUGUUUUAGUCGCCGCUCCUCCACCUACAGCACAACACAACAAGCACUUUUGAAACUCUUAUCAUCCUCAGCAUAAACGCGUAUCCCAACAUGUGUACUGGUGCAGUCAUCGGGAGAACAAACACUUCAUGCAAACUGCACCCACUAUCAAGAAGAGGCAUCAGACUUCUAUCCUGCCGUGUGAAUUGAACCCUGACCUAUUUGCUGCGCUGAGCACAGGUGUAUUAGCAGGUGUACUUACGUAAUGAUAAGCACACACAUGCUGUCCUGUAAUUUAGACCAGUGAGUGUGAGAAAGGUGCGGUGUCGUGUCUAAACGCGCACACGAGCUCCACGCUCUGGAUUCUUUGGCUGCGCUUGAGGCUGAUGACAGGAUAAGUCAAUGUGCUAAAGUGUUAAACUUGGUACCAGGAAACCCAAGCUGUGUCGCCCAGUUCACACUCAGGAUAAUAAUUCAUCUUCACGAUAAGUGGUGGUUAAGCACUAGUACACCGCUCAGUACACGUGCAAUGUAACAUCAGACAUGAUAAGGAUGAUGAAGGUGGAGACGAAGAGUGGCGAGGCUACUGAUGUCUGCAAGACUCAUCAGAUAAUAGCAGCAUGUGUUAUGGGACUAAGUACUCUCUCCGGAGGUGUACUAGAAGGAUACACUUCCCCAGCCAUACCCACCCUCCUCCAAGAAGAUACUUACGACAAUCAAACUGACGUCACCUUAAUGUCAGACGUCAGUACCAUCAGCACCACACUCGGCUCCAAUUUCAGUUCCAAUGCUGGACCAGUUACUCAUAACAACAGCUACCUUUUGAAUUCAAACAACUCAAAUGAUGAUUUAUCUGUUCUAUUGAGAGGCGAAACAGAGCUAGAGUUAUCUACAGAUCUCUUCCUUACUGAAGAGGAAGCAUCGUGGCUGGGCUCGCUGCUCCUACUUGGUGCUUGUAUUGGGGCUCUCGUAUCAUCAUGGGUGAUCAGUUUGGGCAGGAGACGUGCUGUUUUGGCCUCAGCUCUCCCACGCUUGAUUGGUUGGAUAAUGAUUAGUGCUGCAUCUGAUGUGUAUAUGAUGUAUGGUGGCAGGUUUCUGACUGGAGUGUCUUUAGGAAUUGUAACAUCAGCAGCACCAGUUUACAUUAGUGAAAUUGCUCACUCAUCUAUGCGUGGUGCUCUGAGUUGUGUGGUACAGCUGGGAGUCAACAUGGGCAUCUUUACUAUAGCUCUCCUUGGGACAUUUAUGGAAUGGCGAGGCUUAGCCAUAUUUGGAGCCUUUACUGUUGUGGUGUACUUUGUGGCUACUCUCUUCAUUCCUAAUUCACCUGUGUGGCUAGUAGCAUGCGGCCGAGAGGAUGAUGCAAGGAAGACCCUCACGAGGCUACGUGGACAUCAUUAUUGUGUGGAAUACGAUUUGCAGCAAAUUAUAUCCUCUAAAGCAAGCCAAUAUAAUGCUUUUUCAUGGCUUGACAUCAUAACUCAUAGAUCAUGUGUGUUCCCUCUUGGAGUUGUGGCUUUGGUAACUGUGGUCAAUCGGUGCUCUGGCUACAAUGCUAUCAUAACAUUCUGUGCCACCUUCCUUCAUCAAGCUGUGCCAGCUGUCAGUGAAUAUUGGGCAGCUACUGUGGUCACACUCAUGCAGGUAUUUUCAACUGUUGGGGCUGCUGUUUUUGUGGACAAGUUAGGGCGUCGAAAAUUGCUCAUGACAUCUAUUGCUGCCAUGGCUAUUGCACUGGCUACCAUUGCAAUCUGUGAAGUUGCAACUAAAUAUGGAGCAGGAGGAAGUUGGGUUGCAAUACUUGCUGCGAUCGUCUAUGUCAGCGCUUAUUCGUUCGGCGUGGGGCCGAUCACGUGGGUGCUGGUGGGGGAAAUGUUCCCACAAGCAGCGAGGGAAAAGGCCGCUGCUGUCAUCUCUGUACUAAACUGGUUUCUAGCUUUCAUAAUUACCAAGACUUACUUCAGAUUGGAAUCCUUGACUGGUAUUGCUGGUACCUGCACAGUCUACAGCAGUGUGUGUGUUAUUGGACUGAUACUCGUGUAUUUACUUGUUCCGGAGACCAAGGGCCGCACCCUUGGGGAAAUUGAGGCAUAUUUCACUUACACGCAGCGCUCAUGGAAAGUUGUAAAAAACAAGCGUGAUGUGGCUUUGUCCAGCAUCUUGGAUCAAGAAGGAGGAACAUCAGACUCAUACAGCACAUUCCAGUCUGUAGAAUGAUUUAUACUCAUCAAAAUGGUUGACAUUCCGUAAAUUUAUUCAUCUUGCACAUUCAAUACAUUUUAUUAUAUAUAUAAUAUAAUAUAGGCAUUUAUAUAUUUAUUUUUACAAUUUGAUUAAAUUACAAAAAAAAAGUAACUUUUUCCUAGCAGAAACUUUGUUAAGUUUCAUGUGAGGUGAGACCAGGGGGCCAAGAUGGUAUCUUAAGUGCGUGAAGUAGUAUUCAAGGAUAAUACUUUGUUAAAUAUUUUAUUAAAAAAAAAUAAAGUAAGGAGGAACUUAAUUAAGAGUAUUGUAUGUUUGUGUGUGUUCCUGGCCAGAUAACUACUUAAUUGUGUAUAGUUUAUAUUUUGUAAUUUAAAUUUUACAUUGUGCAAUAUACAUUUCUUUAUAAUAUGGAAUUAACCAAUAUAACCUGUUCAAAA